AGACGCUGAUCGCUGAUGCAGUUGAUUUAGUUUCCAAGCAUCAGGGACUUUUCGUGAAAUAUGAACAGAAAUCUAUUACGUUAAAAUGAGGGAGGACAAACCCAGCCUGCUGCUCCCCUUCCACACUGAGCCCAAACAAGAGUCCCUGGAGUCCCUGGAUUGUGAAAUUGAAGCUCAGGGGUCAUUGGUGGAUUCAGAGAUGACAUCCGUUAAGCUGGAAGACAAAAGUCAAACGCUGGGAAUGAAUGUUACAAUUAAAGAUGAAGAUGAUGAUGAAGAGGAGGAGGAGAAGGCUGGCGUUAUCAUUAAAAACGAAGAGGGGCAUUUACUUAAUCAAGAUGGGAUUCCUAAAGAGGAGACACUUGGAGAGAAACAACAAGAAGACUACAAUCAUAAGAAGUCUCACCACUGUCCCCAUUGUGAAGAACAUUUCUCAUCUCUAUCACUUUUCAAAAGACAUGUUAACAUACAUACUGGUGAGAAACCUUACUCCUGUUCUGACUGUGGGAAGGUUUACAUUAGAUCAUCUGCACUUACUAGACAUCAGAGAGUGCACACAGGGGAGAUGCCCUUCUCCUGUUCUGACUGCGGGAAGAGUUUUUCUCACUUAAGUAGUCUUAAAUCUCACCAGCGCAUACAUACAGGAAAAAAACCAUACUUGUGUUCAGACUGUGGGAAGUGUUUUAUUACAUCAUCUGAACUUACUACACAUCAGAGAGUGCACACAGGUGAGAAGCCUUACUCCUGUUCUGACUGUGGGAGGCAUUUCUCUCAAAUAAGUCACCUUAAAGCUCACCAGCGUAUACAUACUGGUAAGAGACCUUACUUGUGUUCAGACUGUGGGAAGUGUUUCAUUACAUCAUCUGAACUUACUACACAUCAGAGAGUGCACACAGGUGAGAAGCCUUACUCCUGUUCUGACUGUGGGAAGUGUUUCUCUCAAUCAGGUAGCCUUGUAGCUCACCAGCGCAUGCAUACUGGAGAGAAACCUUACUCAUGUUCAGACUGUGGGAAGUGUUUCAUUACAUUAGCUGAACUUACUAGACAUCAGAGAGUUCACACAGGUGAGAAGCCUUACUCCUGUUCUGACUGUGGGAAGUGUUUUUUUUCUUUAUCUGAACUUACUAAACAUCAGAGAGUACACACAGGUGAGAAGCCCUAUUCCUGUUCAGACUGUGGAAAGUGUUUCACUAGAUCAUCUGAUUUUACUAGACAUCAGAGAGUGCACACAGGUGAGAAACCUUACUCCUGUUCUGACUGUGGAAAGUGUUUCACUAGAUCAUCUGAUCUUACUAGACAUCAGAGAGUGCAUGCAGGUGAGAAGACUUCCUCCUAUUCUGACUGUGGGAAGAGUUUCUCUCAAUUAGCUGUCCUUAAAGCUCACCAGUACAUAGUUAGGGCUGGACAUAUUUGGACACUGACCCAAUUUUCAUAAUUUUGUCUCUGCACGUCACCAAUGGAU